GUACCAAUCCACCACCACAAACCAAAGGGAAAAUAACACACCAUUAUAAUCAAUACUUCCAUUUUCCCUCCCAUAUAUCUUUAUCUGUACAAAUUAUUAAACCACUCAAUUCAACUUCCCUCAUUCUCAAAGCAAUGUCCCUCAACUGUUUCUUCUUCUUCUUGACAAUUCUUUGCAUGGCCAAUCUAACUGUAUUACCUGCCUUUCCGGUUUUACCCGAACCCGACCCAACUGAGUUGGAUCCUCAAAUACUCUCACCAUCCCCUUCACCACCAUCAACAAUUCCAGCUUUCCCGGAGCAGUCCAACAUUGAUAGUUGUCCUCUGGACAUACCAGAAGAGCUGUACAAAGGGAUAAGAUCAGCUUGCAGGUCGAAUGAUCAUUCGGGUCAAAUAAAUCCGACCCGUUGUUGCCCCGUUCUCGCUGCAUGGCUUUAUACGGCCUACUCAAGAACCGCACUUCACAAAGCCAUAGCAAAAUUUCCACAGUACUCAACGUCUGUUAACAUGCCUGUACUCCCUGAUGAUUCAGAGACAUGUGUAAACUCUUUUGGAAAGGCUUUGGAAAAUAGAGGUAUUGAAUUGGUGAAGCCAAAUGAGACUUGUGAUAUGGUUUAUUGUUACUGUGGCAUUAGGCUGCAUCCACUUAGCUGCCCAGAAGCUUUUUUUGUGAAUUCGCGUAGAGAAUUGGUUGGCGGUGAGAGGGUAAAUAGAUUGGAGACAGAGUGUUUGAGCAGUAAUGGAUAUUCUGGUAUUGCUGGUUGCUCCAAGUGCUUGAAUAGUCUUCAUUUGCUUAGUGACAGCAGAUCGGAGAAUACAAAUAUAAGAAAGGAUAGGAUUAGCAAAAUGCACAGCAGGGAUUGCCAAAUGAUGGGUCUAACUUGGCUUCUCAACAAAAAUACAUCUGGUUAUAUUCAUACAGUUUCUGCUGUUUUAAGGGCUCUAAUGAUGAGCAAAGAUGGUUCUGAUCCUCAAUCAUGCACGCUUAGCAGUGACGGCUUGCCACUUGCAGUCGACUCAUCAGAGAUCAACGAUCAAUCUUCUGCAACUUCUUUUCUGGCAUCGGUUUACUGGUAUCUCAUAGCAUUCGUUUUGUCAUGCAUAAACUUCAUAGCAUUCUUUUCAUAAUAUUAGUUGAUCUCCAAAGACUUGCACGCACGGGUUCGAGCAGUGGAAGCAGUUGCUUGAAUUAGAGUAGGUUGUCUACAUCACAUCCUUUGGGAUGCGGUCCUUCCUCGGACCCCACGUGAAUGCGGGAUGCUUUAUGCACUCGGCUACCCUUUGCCUCCAGAGACUUGUACUGAGAAAUGUACUUGCUGUUCAAAUGUCAUCUUAAAGUAAAUCCAUUGCUCUGUAUUCGUUGAUUCAGGUCGAGAAAUUGUAAUUAUUUUGGUUGUUGAGAGACUGUUGCACAAAUGAAUGAAGCUGUCAUUGUACUCUAGCUAGGCUUCUAGUUGUUCAUUUGUCUAUUAAGUGUAUAAAAUCCAUGGGACUAAUAGCCCGUUUGGCCAAGCUGCAAAAUUAGUUUA